UUUCGUUUGAAUUCCCACAGUACCAUAUUGAACAACCUGUGCUACGGUUGAGCGUUACGGAUUGCGGCUGUGCAACAGAACUCCUUGAAUUCGAUUAAAACCAUUGCCCUGGACGUACGCGACUUCAGUCUGCUUACGAUCGUACAACGAAGUACUUCAGCUCCAACACGGUCUUGCAAUUCAAUCGUAUCGUUUAUGGUCCUUAGAUUAAAACCUCUUUUGCUUGGAUGAUCAAUCCAACGGAACGGAAGCAUUGAAAUUUUAUCGUGUGGAAUUUAAAGUGAAAAAAAAAACAAAAUUAUUCACAUUCGAAUGUUAAACAAAAUUUUUUUAAAAAAAGUGACAAUUGUACAAUAAGUUAAGUUAUACUUUUUAGUUUUGUUAUUUUUCAAGUUCAAUAUAAGGAAAUCGAAAGCAGUUUCGGGCGCCUGCUACCAUAUAACGCAGUGAAUUGAAUGUUAAGUGCUUUGAACGACCUGUGCGCGCAACGGAAGCCGGACUUGAUGUUGAUGUAUGGUUUAGCGAUUCAGUAGUCGCCAUCGUCAACCUGUUAACAUAAAAGCAAGUACUUUUGGUGAGACGUCGUUGUUGCAACACGUACUUAAAGUCCAUAAGUGUAAAGUGGUUUUUCUGAGUGCGGGAACGCUCAUUUGGAUAACGCCGAACAAGGGCACCGACAGCUGCAAUAACAAUUUGACAAGAAAUCUGAAGAUACAUUCGACUGUUCCAAGUGACAACAUUGUGGACGGUUGUUGUGGCGUUGAAUUCCCCGACACUCUCAAUUGGUCGUAAAUUCAUUAACAACACCGUGGGUAAUCUCGCGGACGGAAUUAUGAAAACGGGUCAAUUACUUUCGAUUUCUUGGGUACAUAGCAAAUAACCACGGCAAGUGUUUUAACAAAACUAAAAGUUUUACCCAGAAGGAAGACGCCAGUGCUUUGACAGAUAGCCCACAGCAAGUGCAAAAACACACCUGCCGCUGCUACACAAGCGUGAGAAAAGAGUGUACUGACAGUAUCAACAAACAAAAAUAAAAACAGUGUCCGAUAGCGCAACCGUUGCAUAAUGUGACAGCUUUAACAAGUGAUAUACAGCUGUAAUUAAGUUAUUGAAAAUCGAUUUCAAUUAACAGCGUAUUUGUUUUGAUUUCGCCCGCAGAGAAGCGUCAAAAGAAAAUAACAAAAACAAAAAGAUACAAAGUGGAAAGGAAGGAAGUUUAUUUUUGUGUUCGUUCAUAAGUUGCGCCAUCUGUGUGUGUUAAACAUUGUUGUUAAAUCUUGAGAAUUUAUUGUCCAUAAAAAUAACGGUGUUGUUGCUUGUUCGGUUAAACAAGGUAAUAUUUCUUUGUUGCCAUAGCUCUCUGUGAUGUUUGUAUUUAAUUUGGCAGUUUAAACGGAGCCUUAAGAUUGCACAUCAUCGGCUUUAGUGAUUAUUGUGCUUAAUAGAGGACGUUUUAUUUUCGCGUGUAUAUGGCUGGCUUGUUUGACAUUUUGUAAACAUGGUUUCUCCGAGAUGUAACGAGUGGAAAUAAAUGAAAAGAAACUAAUUGAUUAUGAUUUGGAAAUGAUGUACAUUGGGAUAAUUAUUAAAAGCAAUAAUGACGCAUUUAAAUAGAAUUCGAGUAGUUGUACUUGGUGCAUCUAAAGUUGGAAAAUCAGCUGUCACUGUGAGAUAUUUGACAAAACGCUAUAUUGGUGAAUACAGUUCAACAGGUGAUUUUCUCUAUCGUCAUAACAUAACUUUUGACAGCGUAACCACUGAAGUGGAAAUUAUGGAUACAUCAAAAUGCGCGUUUUUGAUUUACUUACAGCAAGGGACCUGUCUAUACGAACACAUCCGUUGGGGGGAUGCGUUCGUAAUUGUGUAUUCUAUUUGCGAUAAGCCUAGUUUCUCCAAUGCUCAAGGUUGCUUAGAGCAGCUUGCCAAGCUCAAACUUCCAUCCUACUAUACCACUCUGCUGCUGGGAAAUAAACGAGAUUUAGAUCAUGCCAGAAAAAUUUCCGUGAACGAUGGACACGAGCUGUCAUUAAAGUAUUCUUGUCAGUUCUAUGAAGUGUCAGCGGCUGAGAGUUUUGCUGGGGUUUCGUUGGCGUUUCAGUCCAUGUUACGUGAGGCAAGGUCCAUUCAAUUAUUAAAGGCUUUACCUAUGCGACGAAAACUUGGAGUAAAUAGUGUAUCCAAAUAUUUUCGUCAUUCUGAUAAUGUCUUUCAGGUCUUAGGCAAUAUAUUUGGAAAAAACAGUAAAGACAAAAGAAAACGUCCGUCCCUUAGUAUAUAAUUAAAACAAUUAUUUCAAUUAAGAUAAGAAUAAGAACACUCUCCUAUACCUAGUACAUAUACAUACUUAGAUUAGAAAGCAACGUGAGAUCUUGAGUUGCAUUGGUACACACAACUUAGCAUUUUAAAGUUCCAUUUAUCCAUGAAGUUUUGAUUUAAAUGUUUUUAUUGUAAUUUGUAUUUCUGUCUAUGGAUAAGACGCUAAUGAAUAUUUUGGUUUUAAAAAGUCUUUCGUUUUCGAUGAGAAUUAAAAAGACACUAUCAAUGCCAUAUUUUUUAAGUUUCUUUUAAGUUAAAGACGUUUUGUAAAAUUAUUGUAAAUUGUAAUUUAUUUAUUGUUGCAAAAUUGUAUUUGUUCAGAAGUUAAAUUUAAAUUUAAGAAAUAUUUAAAAAAAAAAAAGUAUUUUUAUUUGACAGUAUUGAAUUAAACAUUCCUAUUAUGAACUUUUUAUUAUGUGUAAGUUUAAAUGUCUAUCUAUUUAGCUUUAUGUUCCUGUAAAUAAGAUAAUUU